CGGGGCCGGUUGUGCUCACUUUCGCCCUGGAAGCUCCGAGCUGCCGGUGUCCUUGGGCUUGCCCUGCCCUCCUUCGGUCUCCGCAGGCUCAUGGGUCUCCAUGGAGACGGCGGGGACUCGGCCCGGGGGCGGGCAGCCCGAGAGGGACCGCGGCGCGCCGGGGGCUUGUGGGGCGGCGUCGCCGUGUUCGCCUUGGUGGCCGCGCUAUUUACGCUCACGCUGCCCCCCUCGGUCCCGGGGGGAGACUCGGGGGAACUGAUCACAGCUGCACAUGAGCUUGGAGUUGCCCAUCCUCCUGGCUAUCCUUUGUUUACUCUGGUGGCUAAACUGGCAAUCAUAUUAUUUCCUGUUGGUUCUGUUGCCUACCGAGUCAAUCUUCUGUGUGGCUUAUUUGGAGCAGUAGCUGCGUCCUUCCUUUUUUUCACGGUUUUCAGGCUUUCUGGCUCAUAUGCUGGAGGAAUCCUUGCUGCGGGGGUGUUUUCAUUUUCUCGUCUAACAUGGCAGUGGUCCAUUGCAGCAGAGGUUUUUAGCUUAAACAAUCUGUUUGUGGGUCUGCUUAUGGCUCUUACUGUACAUUUUGAGGAGGCAGCAACUGCAGAAGAAAGAUCAAAGAUAGCUAAAAUUGGUGCUUUCUGCUGUGGUCUUAGCUUAUGUAAUCAGCACACAAUAGUAUUCUAUGUUUUGUGCAUAGUGCCAUGGAUUCUCUUUCGACUUUUAAAACAGAAGGAACUCUCUCUGGGUUUCUCAUUGAACUUGAGCCUGUGCUUCUCUGCUGGUUUGCUGCCCUAUGUCUAUCUGCCCAUUUCAUCCUACCUCAAUCAAGCCCGUUGGACAUGGGGAGACCAGACAACACUGCUAGGAUUUUUGACACAUUUCUUCAGGGAAGAAUAUGGAACAUUCAGUCUGGCCAGAUCUGAAACAGGAUCGAGUAUGUCUAAGAUGUUGCUUUCUCAAGUAACAAAUAUGAGGACCGAACUCUCAUUCAAUGUCCAAGCCCUUGCUGUUUGGGCAAACAUAUGCUUAGCAAGAAAGGACAGACAGAAUCCAUCAUUAGUAUGGCUUUUUACUGGAAUGUUUUUCAUUUAUUCAUUGUUCUUUGCUUGGAGAGCAAAUUUAGAUAUUUCAAAACCACUUUUCAUGGGUGUGGUGGAGCGAUUCUGGAUGCAGAGCAAUGCAGUGGUGGCUGUCCUUGCUGGCGUUGGUUUGGCUGCCCUUGCUUCUGAAAGUAACCGAGUGCUGAAGACCGACAGGCUUCAGUGUCUGGAAUGGCUCUCAGCAACUCUUUUUGUAACUUACCAAAUUUAUUCUAAUUACAGCAUCUGUGACCAAAGAACCAACUACGUGAUCAAUAAAUUUGCAAAGAAUCUUCUAUUCUCUAUGCCUCCUGAUGCAAUUAUCUUACUCAGAGGAGACCUGCCAGGGAAUUCUCUCCGUUAUAUGCAUUAUUGUGAGGGAUUGAGGCCAGAUAUUUCAUUAGUGGAUCAGGAAAUGAUGACUUAUGAGUGGUAUUUACCCAAAAUGGCAAAGCACUUACCAGGUGUCAACUUUCCAGGGAAUUGGUGGAAUCCUGUGGAAGGAAUAUUACCUAGCGGAAUGGUCACCUUUAAUCUUUAUCAUUUUCUUGAAAUAAAUAAACAAAAACAAACAUUUGUUUGCAUAGGAAUUCAUGAAGGUGACCCAACCUGGAAAAAGAACUACUCACUUUGGCCAUGGGGUUCUUGUGACAAAUUAGUUCCUUCAGAGAUUGUAUUCAACCCUGAAGAGUGGAUUAAACUUACAAGAAAUAUCUAUAACUGGACCGAAGAAUAUGGAAGGUUUGAUCCAACUUCUUGGGAAUCUGUGGCCAAUGAAGAGAUGUGGCAAGCAAGGAUGAAAACCGCAUUCUUCAUCUUUAGCCUGGCAGAAACUGCUAGUAUGCCUUCAAAUGUGAAAGCUCAACUCUACACUCAUGCAUAUUCCCUUUAUAAGGAGAUUGUCUAUUUACAAAAGAGACACCCAGUGAACUGGCACAAGAACUAUGCCAUCGCCUGCGAGCGAAUGCUGCGCCUUCUGGAACAAGGUGCAGACCCCGAAGUCCUCCUAUCUGAAACCAUCAGACACUUCCAUCUCUACACUCAGCGAGCACAGAAUGAUCCACAGCUGGCUGAUAUUUUAGUGGUACUGAAGCACCUAAGAAAAGAACUGCGAAGUCUGAGAAAUACGAAAAAUGUCUGAGAAAGCAAAAUGUGAAAAAGACCUGUUUGAUAUCCACUUCCAAGAUUCCAAAGUAAAAGUUUUUCCUCCAAAAAAAAAGAAACAGUAAGGAAAAAAAAAAUUGAAGACUUAGUCAUCCCCCAGAUAUAAGUGGCAUGGUACAGUGGUGCUGUUUAAUAAGUGUUUAGUGAAUGGAAUGUACUAUUUAUGCAGCUUCUGUUUUUACAUGUUAUCAAACUAGUAUUUCAGUGAGAAUUACUUUUUUUAAAAAUGUCCUACUUCUGCAGUCCUUCACCAGAUAACUGCUGGAAUAGAUUCCCAAGCUUUAUAGAUAUUGAGCACUAACUUUUUAAGGACCCAGUUUAUUGCACUGGGCUCUUCAGACACCUUCACAUUUUGAAGACUACAUUCUCACUUUCUAAAAUAUUCAUAUUAGACCAAAGAUAUUUUUGUUUGCCAGAAGUGAAAUCUUUUUCUAAAAAAGAUUGUAUCUUAUGCUUCAAGUUAGAAUAUUUUAGUAGCUAUGCUUGUUACGUGGUCUCACACAUCACACUACCCACUAACCUUUUCAUAUUUUGAAAAAAGCUUUUUUGUCUUAGACAAUUCUCAGAAAUCAUGAAAAAAAUAAAACUUACUGCUCUUUUCAAAAGUAACAUAAGAUAAUUGACAAGUCAAUAGAUUUUUAAUUUCAUUAAUAAAUUUUAUAUUUAUGUUUUAUUUCUAUCUAGGUUCAUAAACCUGGACCCAAUAAUUAGUAGAUUCCUGCUACCAAAAAUGUUGAAUGAAAAAAAAAAAAAGCAGGAGAAGGAAGUUUUGGGAGGAUGGGGAAAUGCUUCAAUAAAUUCAUUUCUGUUACAAGCAUCUUUUAUACAUAUUACUAAAGAGAACCUAGUAAGAAAUGCAAAUAAUAGUUCUUUAUUUUAUUAUGACAGUUAAUUAAUAGCAACCUGUUUUAAUGAAUAAAGUCACUCAGAGUCCUUCAGCACUUCCUAAGUAGAGGCCAGAAUCUGUAGCAAUUCUUUUCCCCCCAGUUGUAUAGCUCCUAGACUCCAAGCACUAUAUAGGCCCCUGUAUAGAAAUGCUCACUAAUGAAGAGGGAGGGCUAGAAGCUUGUCUGCAUUCAAAGAUCACUGGUGAGUCAUUCAGCAAGAAAAGGCCCCUUACCAGGAAUAGUCACAGUUCCGUGGCAUUGUACUAGCAAAAGGGUCUGAUCAAAGGUCUCCUGUGGAGCUUGCAUGGUUCCCUUUCAUACUACGACCAUAAUUAAAACCACUAAUUCUCUUUUAAAAUGCUGCAGGAUGCCAUGUAGGCAUCUGUCUGGAGUGUCCUUUGUGAUGUCAUAAGCUGUUAAGGACCAGUGCCGAGGGCUUUUGAGCGAAAUGCCAGUCAUGAAGGUGCUUCAAGACAAGGGUGCCUCUAAAAGCUUGACAGGGCCUUGACUGCACAAUUCGAGCUGAAUUUGCCCCUUGUCAGCUGCCAGUAAAUAAAUCUCAAAGGGGGAAAAGCUGAAGUUUCAUUACCUGAUCCAUGGGGCUUUGUUGGUUUUGGCAUCACACAGGGGAAGCUCUUGCCCCUCCAUUCUCUGGAUUUCAAGAUGUCCAUUGGAGCCUGCAGUGCCUGGAUAGGGUUCAGAGCGGAACCUUUUGAAGAGUGUCAAUAGUUGUAACAGUUCAGCUGUUAGGAAGACAAAUAAAUGGAGGAGCUCAUUAAUCCGCUUUUGGCUCUCAGUGCCUUUUGCCCUUUUAUCACAGCCUUAUUAGGCUCCUACUCAUCUUGAACUAGAAAAAAAUGAAUUGAAGUUGUUGAGUACUAAUUGGCAAAGACUUUUAAUCAUGGGCCAAGAACUUUCACUGACUUGAAAGUAACUUCUCCACAGGGAAGAACCAAAAACCUGGUUUACCUUAAAACAAAAACCUGUUGGAGUUCAGUGUGGUGUAAAAAUUUAAGGGAGCCGUGAUAAAUUGUCUUAAGUUUAUCCAUUUGAAGGAAAUUAUGUAAGAUGAUUCCUGCUUUUUUUUUUAAGUACAAUAAAUUCAAGUAACUGUUAUGGAAA